AUGGUGACUCGUGCCACUGCUCCUCCUGCAGACGGCGGCCAGCAGAUGCCGCCCCGCCUGUCCGCCUUCAGCCUGCCCUCCAUCCACGACCUGAAUCUGGGCGCUGAGAUGGCUGCCGCUCAGCCUGCUUUCGCCGCCAGAGGCUUCGCCACUCACCUCUCAACUGCUGCUCCCUCCCGCCCCGCCCUCCAUCACCUCCCUCCCUCUCAGUCCUUUGGCGCCCGUCCCCGCCUGCCCUCGGACUCCUUCGAGCAGAAGGACCGUGGUGCUCUCGAGUCGGCCGCGCCAUCCCCCACCCAGGGCGCCCUCCACACUCCCGCAACGCCAUCCUUCCCCUCGGCGCAGAUCAAAGACGAGUGUACCCGCUGUGGCGCACCCCUGAGCUCGGCGCAAGCCGAGUGCUCCUCGUGCGGCCACUUCCGCUUCAUUCAUCCGUUCCAGCCUCAUGCAAGACACCUCGGCGCCGGCUAUGACGACACUUUCCAACCGGGCUCCACGUCUCGUCGUGGAAGCGGUGCCCGGAGCUCCUUCGAUUCCUUCUCCUGCGGAUCUAACCCGCCCUCUCGUCGUGGCUCGUGUGUGGCUUAUCCCGGCGUCACCAAGCCCACCUCCCGUCGGAGAUCGGUGGUGGCGUCGAGAAAGUCAUCCUUUCAGCAGGAGCUUCAGAAGCACAACAAGGCCGACAGGGAGAAAUGUUCCCGGCGCGCUCUCCGCCAUGAACACAAGAAGAUGGAGAUUCGUCAGCAGGCCCGGGGGUGGUUUGCAACCACGGACCUCAACACAAACAACAAGAAGAACUCGGGUCUGGAUGGCAAGAAACUUGAGAUCCUUCAGCAGACGAACCAGGAGGCGCGGAGCAAUGACCUUUUGCUGCUGAAGCAGUACAACAACCAGCAACGCAUGCUGCAACUCUUGCAAAGCCAAUCGGAUCUGACCGCGGCCAACAUUGCCUGGAUGAGGGAUCUGGAGCUCGAACUUGAGGCAAACUCGAAGAAGCUGAUCAAGGCUUUGGAGGAUGAGGACACUGCCAUCGAAAAGUACUUCGAGAAUGAGAUGCGGAAAGAGGCAGAAGCUCUAGCCAAGGAUCGGAAGAACGGUCGGUAUCCAACCCCGUUGUCUUCGUCGACGUCACCCAGCCCGACUCCGACGUAUCCACCCUACUGA